UCAGAGGAGCAACUCGCUCGACACCGCUUACUGCUUCGCUUCAAAACGAGUGAGAAUCAGUGUUUGCUUUAGGAUCUUUAUAAGAUCUCAAAGCACUUCAAAGUUUUUGAUCAGCGAGCGAUUUCUAGAAUCUUCUGGAGCAUCUCGCGCACUGCGGACGCGAAAGCAUCAGCGUGUGAGAAAAUGAUCCAGAACGAAUUUAGACGUUUUAGGCCCGUCAGCUCCAUUGAUGAGCAACUUCAUUCUGGUGUUGCUACAUUGCGCCCACAACCCCCACCUGAGAGGAGCUCUGUAAGAGAUGUUGGGAACAUCGUUGACUCUCCUCAGUCUGUCCACACGGGACUGCGGUCAAACCCUCCACCUAGGAGAAUCCCGUUUAGGUCCGCCACAGUCCCGGAUGACACGUGGAACAGAUCGUGGGCACAGAGUGUGAAACGGCACACAGGUGUUGUACUGCCCCAACCAAAGAAGCCCAGGAUGGCACCACAGAAGAUGGCCAGGGUGGUACAACCACAUAAGAGUGCAUGGGAAAAACCCCAUUUACUAUAUAAUAAUGGUGAGGAACAUCAGAGUUCCCAGCAAUACACUGCGGGGAUAAGAGAAUGCAUUCGUAAAGAGUUUACAGAUCUUCACAAAAAGAGUGUAAGUCAGAGAAACGAAAAAGAAAUCGAGGAGAGAAGGAGAAGGAAUAGGAAAAACGAGGAAGAAGCGAAGAAGCGGAUGGAAACACACAUCUACUUAAUUUCUUCAAUGGAGUCCGUUAGGACUUCAAUUCGGACGGCUGAAGUAGAGGCUAAGAGUGUGAUCUUUGCCAUUCGUGGGAAAGAGAAAGACCUCAGGACAUUGAAGGGAAAAAUAGAAGAUAUUGAAAUUGAACUUAAGACUCUUCAAGAGCACUACACGAAAAUCGACGAGUACACAGGUCUUCUGGAACUUGUCCCACCUGAGCUGUGGGAAAUGGUCAUGAGUAACCUAGAGGACAUCCAGAUUAAGACUGAAGGCUAUGAACUGCUGCUGGAGACUGAUCUGGAUUACACCGAGCUCCGUCUUCAUGAAGAAAGAGGGGAAAUGCUGCUGCUGAAAAGCAUUCGAGAGAAGAUGGCCUUUCUAGCUAAGCAGCUGAAGGUCAUAUCCAGCAUGAUCAUGACCAGGAUGGAGAUAAUGGAGCAGCUGAAGCUGGAGAUGCGCAUCAUCUCCCAACAGGAGGAGGAGGACAAAAAAAUGCUGAAAAAGAUCAACGGUGAAUUAGAGAGCCUUAGAGAUUCACUUAAGGCUCUCAAAAAGAGGGACAUGGACCUUGUCAAGACCAUCACAGGGUCAGGUUAGGUCCUUGUCAAAGCUUCAGGAGAGGUGAGACAUUAGGUGUGUUCGACUUUAUGCGGCAGGUGGAUGACAUCAAAGUACCGCGAGAGCAAUUCGAAAGCUAACUCCUUCGUAUGAUGUUUCGAAUCGCUGUCGCAAUACUUUGAUAUCAUCCGCCUGUCAGUUCUUGGCAUGAAAAUGAACACGCUUAGUAACUGAAUACAUGUGCUCUUCUUCUAGUGCUGUGAUUGUGUGACUGAUGACUGUCAGAUGUAUAUGAUUAGUACAUCACAGGUGAGUGUGAUGGGUGGAUGAGUGAGGGAGGACUUAACAUGACUGUGAGGUGACUCUGGGUCUUUAAGCAGUGUUGUUUUGGCUAGUUACUAUGGCAUUUUGGCUGAUAAGUAGGGUGUUGUCAGGGUGUUGUAGCUGGUUGCUAGGGUGUUUUGUCUGGUUUCUAUGCAUUGUUAGGGUUUUUAAGAUGUAUAUUUUGAGUUGAUAAGGUGUGCUAGAUUGUUACUAGGGUAUUUCAGUUGUUAUUUUGGUGCUGCUAGUAUGUUGUAGCUGGUUACCAUGCUGUUUUACCUGGUUGGUAGGCGUUGUUGGGAUCUUUAAUCUGUUUACUAUGUGUUGCUAAUGUAUACUAACUUGUUACUUGGGUAAUUCGACUGGUUAUUUGGUGUUUCUAAAUUAUUUCGUCCAGUUGAUAUGUUUUUAAAUCAUUUACUGAGUUGCAAGAGGGGUGCUAGCUAGGGCUGGGCGAUGUGACGAUGUUAUCGUAUAUCGGCAAUGUCUCGCAAAUAUCCCGAUUUCGAUUACAACUAGGGCUGCAGCUAUCGAUUGUUUUAGUAAUCGAGUAUUCUACUGAUUUUCCAUCGAUUAAUCGGGUAUUCGGACAAUAAGUACUUUUUCUUUAUUAAAGAGCAAUACUAAAUAUACAAGAGAAAAUAAGACAGGUCUCUUAAAAUGAACAACUAAUUUGUUUCCUUUUUAGAAAAAUGUACUGAAAUUGCAUACAUUAAUAUCUGUGAAAACUAAACCCAUUUAGUACAUUCCAUUGCCAUAUUACAUUCAAAAUGCAAUAUAGGCCUAAUACAAAUGUAUAAAUAAGAAACAUUAAUAAAAAUAGAAAGAAUAAUUUCAAAGGUAAACAACUAACUUCAGCUUAUGCAUGAAGCAUUUAGUUUAUCUAAAUUAGUUUUAGUUUCUUUUUUACUAUUAAAUGGUAAUAUAUUUGUCCACAUAAAAUACAGAGUUAACCGGACUUUUAUAUUGGCAGGGCGUCGUAAGACGCUUAUUUUUUAGUGUGUUAGCUUCACUCAGUGAAAUGUUCUGAAAUAAACUCUCAGAGCAACUCUGGAGAUGAAGUUCAUGUGUUCAUGUCCUCAUAAAGCGCAGACGCAGACAAAUUCAUGAGCAUCACGCGUGUAGCAUGUUAAACUGUGCAGGUCAUUAACUGAGACACGCAGAACAGACAGAUGGCAUGUGUAAAUAACAGGAUUUGGCAUCCACAAGUCCGCAUCUAGUUUAAUGGACUCAAUGCAGCCAGAAAACAAGUUUCACUCGCAAAAUAGACUAAAACUAAGUAAAAGAGCAGUUCACCAUUUCAAUAAGCUAUCACUUAUUUAUCAGCAUGAGAAAUACGUGUGAGCGUGUGAACAGACUAAAAUGCAUGUGUCUCACGGUGAAUGCGUGAGACUUGAGAGCCCUUUAACAUGAAUAGAGUUUAGCGGGCUGUGCGUUAGUAAUAACGGUCCGUGGGGAAACGCAGCGCUCCGUGUGUACUGUAGUUAAAUGGAUUAAACACAGCUUCGAGGCAACAAAAAUUGCCUCUAUGAUUUUUUGUAUUCGAAUUACUCGAGUUAUUCGAGGAAUCGUUUCAGCCCUAAUUACAACAUACAGAUCUUAGACAAUAAUCGAUAAUAAUGGAAAAUAUGCGUUAUAACAUUAUCAUGCGAUGUAAGUUUUAGCGUGAACGUUAAUGUUCAUAUGCCCAGGCAGUCAGUAACAGUGACAGAAUUUUGGAAUCGCUGUUUUGUUCGGUCAGUUGAAUGUGCGGCUGUUUUAUGCCAGUCGCUGCACAGAUAGACCAAGAAAAAGACGAGCUGCAUUGGCAAAGCAAAACCUCAAGCUCGCGGGUCUGUACCGGCAACAUUUUUCUACUGCAUAAAAGCUGUGUUUUAUCUAUAAGCUUUACCUGAAGAAAGAAGUCACUGCAACACUAGUUUGUGUGCAUUGCGUGCCUGCGUGUUUGUUUGGCACUUGGCGGGUCCGGAACGAAUUCCCUCCCGGUCCGUAUCCGCAGAUUUAUCGUCUGUGCAACAUUGCAUGAAGUCAAACACACCCGAUAUUAUCGGACAUUGCGAUGAUUUUAAAGUCGAUUAUUGAUUUUAUUUUUUUUACGCAUCACCCAGCCCUAGUGCUAGCUUCUUAAAAGGGUAUUUUUGCUGGUUAGGUCUUGUUCCUGGUUACUAGGGUGUUUCAUCUGGUUGCUAUGAGUGCUAUUAGUUGAGAUUUUUAAUCGGUUUGCUUUGUGUUGGUAAGGUGUAGGAACUUGUUACUAGGGUAUUUCGGCUGGUUAUUAGGUGUUGUUAGGUAUGGGUGGGAAAAAAAUCAGUCUUCUAGUGAUUUAAAAUCGAUUCACAAAUUUGAAAAAAUCGAUUUUAAAUGUUAUAAGUAAAGAUAAUAACGUGAUGUCAUCUGAACAAAAAAGACGGAAGUCAAGUGCAGCACCCGGUCCAGUUAGAGAGUGCACACCUCACGCGGAGAUACAGCGGAGCAAACCAUUCAGUCCCGUUGUACUAAACUUCAAUAUAAACGAAAUACAUUUCAGGGUGGUCUUUCUCUGCAUCUACUCUGUGCAGUGAGCGGCAGGGAGAAACAGUGCGUUCAAGUCACCAUACCGCAGCUGAAUUGAGUGCAAUAUAGCGUUUCCCAAAACCUGUCACUGUUUAGACUUAAGAACAUGAUCAUACUUCUGUAAAUAUGCACAGUUUGUUAGCCAGCUCACAGGCGCUGCGUGAGACAUAUAUGGAGUUUAUUCAGACCCAAAACUUGUGCACAUGAAAACCACACCCAAACGCGCGCGUGUGAUUUAAGCGUGCAGAACAGUUCCAUGGGCGUAAACACACCCUCGCGAGUAUGGCAAGCCGAUGGUGUCAUAAUUACGCCAUAGAUUAAAGGCGUUUUUAUCCGAACGCCAUUUUUGACAGCAAUUUAAGCAGUAUUUGCACAGCAAAAUACGACGUCACGAUUCCAAACGCCGUAAAAAACGUGCGAAAAGUCGUCCAUAACGGUGUUCUAAGGCGCUUGAAAAGCGCUGCCUUUUGCGCCGCUGUCUUGCCAUAUGACGGUGUAAAAAACGGCAUUUUGGUUGCACAGAGAGCGCGCGUUAUUUACAGCGUUUUGUCUGUUGUAUAAUGAGCCCCUCCCGCUGAUUUCCGCAGCCAGUAAAUUUGAACUGUUCUCACCCAAUCACUGAUGAACUGAGCCAGACCAGAACAAUUUACCACUGAUCAUUUUACAGGAUUUUAUUAUGUGCGCAGUGUUACCUUUGCUAACAUUAAACAAAUCAUCGCUUGCUUUCCGAAGAAGCGACUUCUGUUUGAAAAUGUAAAGUUACACAACGUGGUCAGCAAUUGUAUAAAGGCCAACCAAUCCCAUUGUAAUGUAUCCUGUUUAUUACAUAUAGCGCGUAUUGCCUAGGUGAAAAGCAAAAAAGCAAUCAGUUGAAAUAUUGUAUUGGCUAAUUUCCAACACCAGAAAUUAUUAAACAGUAAACUGCAUUCCCUUUAAGCAGAGGCUGAGCACUGUGAGUGGUAGUCUGCUAGUUAGCGUGAUUGACUCUCAAUCGCUGACGGCAUCAAACGUAGGUUCAAGGCCCGCUCGAACCACCAGCCAUUUUUUACGUUGUUGGUCUUGUUCUGUUUAUCAUUAUCGCUGGGUAGUUUUUAUAUUUAUAUUUCAGUACUUAAUGCGUUGUCAGUAUGAAAAGAAAGUCUGGAAUGAGAGAUCUUUUUUAUAAACCGUAUCUGCACUUAAUUUUUGCCGCUGAACUCACACAUCAGUGGGCUUUCGUGCUAUAAACAGGACGAACGAACAGUAAUGGAUUUUACAUUUACGCAUUUAGCAGACACUUUUAUCCAAAGCGACUUACAGGGGCCUUUUAGUCUAUGCAUGUCUCUUAUCAGUAGCCCAUGUGAUUUUAGUUUCCUUAUUACAAAAAAUGAUUGACUAUAUGGAGACGCAAUAAUGUUGCGCAAUGAUUGUAAUGUAACAAGCAUGAACUUAUUAACUAUUAUUCAGCACAUAGAAAUAAGUGCGGGAUUCAGGCCCGGCAACCCACUUAUGCAGCCUAGCCUGGUGAGAACAUGGCAAAAUGAGUUGGGAUGCGGGCAUGCUACUUACAAGCUACAGGCAAAACAAUUUUAAAAAGUUGGUAUGCACAAACGUGGUGGUUAAGCCUACUGAUCCCAUUGCUCCGAAUAGUAGGCCUAAUUAAACGUAAUUACAUACACCGUAAAAAAAAUCCUGUUAAAACAGAUAAGAAAAUUACCAGUACAUUUUCCUUUAUUUUACGGACAUUUCCGUUAAUGCUAAAAUGUAAUUUAAUUCAGUGCAAAAUGUAAAACACAGGUGAAACGACUGUAAAAAAUGAAUACGGAAAAUUCCUUCAUAUUAAUACAGUAUAUUGUGCCCUGUUUUUACUGAUUUUUUUUAGUGUAUGCUAUGUUUAUGAUGCACCUGCUGAUGAGAACGAUUCUGCAUGACGCAUUUAAAAAAAUAAUAGACUUUUAAAAAACAUAAUUAAAAAGCAUAUCAUACAUGUUAACGCACAGCUUUAUUGUAGGCUAAAUAAAGUGCAUUCAUUAUUACUGCAAAAAAAAACGGCGUUCGGAUAUAAACGCGUUUAAUCUAUGGCGUAAUUGUGACACCAUCGGCUUGCCAUACGCGAGAGUGCAUUUCUGCUCGCGUGCAAAAACUCUGUCCGCGAGCAGAGGCUUUGACAAGCAUGCGCUCUCUUUGCUCUCACAACUGCUCAACACUUUCUCGCUAGUCGAGUUGACUUGAGACUUUGGAGGCGGGACAAUGGCAGAUGUCUCUGCUCAUUUGAUUGGUCACUUUUAACAUGCACUCACCUACAUAGUCACCUUCAGAUUACCUGUUUUACUACCGAAUUAUUAGUGUAUUACCUUGCCUUAGCUAUUUGUUACUAUUUUAACAAGUGACAUUUUGAUUUCUUACAUCUGUCAACAAAAAUUAUGCUAUAAUUAAACUUACAUGUCAUGUAUGACCUACAGUAUGUAAAAAAAUACUAUAAUAAUAUAAUUAAAUGUCUCCUGUAGUCAUUUAAUUUGAGUUGUCUAAUAAAAUUUGUAAUGCUUACUGGCAUAACCCGUUUUAAUAUUUUCAAAACAAAUAAAGCAAAACAAAUAAAUUGUUUAAAUUCAAUUUUAGAGCGUACAUCAUAUUGUAAUUUAUAAUAACUUGUGCUUUGAGUUAUACUGUUGUAGCCAUUUAUUAAUUCUCAUUUUAUAACAAUUUCAUGAAAAUUAUUAACAAUACAAAAGCAAUUAUGAAUACACGUACCAAACUAUUUAUUUUUAACUUCCUGUCAGGAUGCCAAAUAUGUAGAUCCAUUGUAACCCUGUCAUGGUUCUGCCCCACCUUGUCUUGCUUCUCUUGACCUAGUGGCAGAACCAUGAUAGAACCUCU